GUCUCACUCACCGCAAGGCUCUGUUCUCCCCCACAUCAUGGUGCAACACUUCCUCUUCCUGUGGCGGUUAUUGCAGCUUGCAAUGAGCAGCGGCGAGGCCACUGAGCCUGAGAGUGUCACCUCUGCUUGGCCCUGCUCAGCGGUGCUGCCUCUGAGAAGACCCCCAGGAGCAGCAGUUUUCUGUCAGGUGCAUGUGCUGCAGGUCAAAUUUGAGUGCAGCUGGUUGGAUACCACGGUGAGCAGGGAUGUUGGUGCUGCAGGAGCCACAGAAAAUGGUUAAUGUGGAGAAAAGAAGCCAGUGCUGACCUGUGGCUCCAUGUCAGCGCCCGGGGGACUGGUGGAAGCACACGGUGCUCCUGUGUGGACAGGAGGGGUUUUCACUCCUUCAGCUUCCCUAAUACCGAGGGGACCCUUCCCCACUGCCUGACACUCCCCCCCCUCCCCCCCCACCUGCUGCAGGCAUUUCUGACCCCGACUGGAGGCUGUCCCUGCAUCCCUGCUCCUCACUCUUGCCUUGGUCCACAGGAGCCAGGUCCUGAGAAGCUGAGCACUUCGUGCAAUCCCUGAGGAUGAGAAAACCCUUUUCCCUCUGACUUUAGAUUUACAUGAAGAGCAUCUCCUCAUACAGCACAUGCUGCCAGCCAGCUCUGCCCAGACCUAAGUAACUGUUGCAGCGCCAGAAGAGGACCACAGCAAUAAAACCAUUGACUGUUUUGAAAAGGAAGCGUGUACCAGGCUAUUUCAGGCCAUUUUGCUGCAGGUGGCACGAGGGAUGCUGUGCCAGAGGCGCAUGCAGGUUGUGCUGGCCUUGUGUCUGCUGCUGGUCCUGUGGCAAUGUUUCCGAGCCCCCACAAAUGACCUCAGCCCUUUUCCUUGGGCUCCCUCCCUCCUCAAUGCCUCGACUGCCCACUGCACUGCCCGUUCCAAUGGGUCUGCCUGGUUCAAUGCCCGCUACAACAUGGCAAUGGGACCUCUGCUGACAGGCACAGCCCAUGAGCUUUCCUCUGAUGUGGUUCGGUGGUGGCUGAGCCUGCAGCGUCCCCUGAGUGGCAUCCAGCUCCAGGCCAUAAUUCAGCAGCUCUUCACUGUCCUCCCAGCCCAGACCAGUGGCAUGUGGGACCCGUCUCGCUGCAGGACUUGUGCAGUGGUGGGGAACUCGGGGCGGCUGAAGGGGUCUGGCCACGGGCUGCAGAUUGAUGCCCAUGACUGGGUGCUGAGGAUGAACAGAGCAAAGAUCACUGGCUUUGAGCUGGAUGUUGGCAUGAGAACAACCCAUCACUUCAUGUACCCAGAGAGCGCAGUGAACCUCAGGCCUGGUGUCCACCUCGUCCUUGUCCCCUUCAAACCACUGGACCUGCAGUGGGUGGCCAGCGCCUUCUCCACCGGAGACCUCACACACACCUACAUGAGAGUGAAACAGUUCAUCAAAGCUGACAGAAACAAGGUGCUGAUCCUGAGCCCAGCUUUCCUCAAGUACAUCCAUGACAACUGGACGCAGGGCCAUGGGCGGUACCCCUCUACCGGCUUCACCGCCCUGCUCUUUGCCUUGCACACCUGCCAGCAGGUGUCCGUGUUUGGCUUCGGAGCAGACAGUGAAGGGAACUGGCACCACUACUGGGAGAAAAACCGCUGGUCUGGAGCCUUUCGCAGGACAAGGGUCCACGAUGCCGACGUUGAAUUCAGCCUCAUUGAAAGACUGGCAGCUGAAGGCAGGAUUUUAUUUUACAAAUGAUGCAUUCCCAAUAAACUGAAGCCAGGCCAUUAGCACAGGCACUGGCAGCCCUCUA